GCUUGCAGGAUUGCAUUCUUGAAUUUCCCUUUGGGGAUUUAUAAAGUUCUUAUUGCAUCCUUUCUUCUCCUUUCCGUUUGCCAGCCAAAUAUCAAUCAAUGUAAACCACAGAGACACGCAAAGUAUGUAGUUGAUGACAAUAUCACAUAGGUUCAUCAUGUAAAAUCUGUUAGUCGGUUUGCAAUAAUGACAGAGUGAAACCUAACAGACCGAAGCAAAUGUAUGUAAUGUAACAAAAACAUGGAUCUUGGUCCGUAUCUUGGGCCGGACUUUUAGGUGUUAAAACAUCCUGAGUGUACUCGAAAUAAAGCACAUGACUGAACGAGCUGUAUGGAUCAGAUUUGUAUUUUAAAGAGUUGGACUGCUGACCAAGUUGAAAUAAAGACACCUCUGCACAGUCUAAAUGUGUCACUGUGUGUGUGUGUUAGUGUGUGUUCACCCUUAUGUACUUCUGUUUCACCAUAUGUGUGUGUCCCAUUAAGAGCCAAUGAGAUGAAGGCCCAGGGGAGCAGCUAAAUGAAGAGGGUCAUCAGUCUGAGGCUGCUUUCUGCUGUCAGCACAGAGACACAGAGGGGAGUAGAGGGGGAGGGGGAUCUGUGGACAAUAAUAUCUGGAUUUAAAAAAGGACAGGGGGGGCACAUUUAGCUUUCAGUCAUAGCUCAAACAUCAGACUGACAGACUUCUAAUAAUUGAUGAAAAAAGGAGAGAAAACAAUCCAGAUUCUGGUGAAAUCCUGGGAAUAAAUUACUCAUCUGUAUUCCGAUCUGAGUGGAUUAUCAUGAGGUGAGGAACGUCUAACAUUCCUCUCAUCAUCACCUGUAGGCCUGCCACUCCAAGCUCUCAAAAAAUGAUGAAAUUUGGGUAAAGACAUUAGUGGAGUAAUCCAGUUUGAGAUUAGAGGUCAAAGGGGGCUCUAAUCUGGUGGUUUGAGAUGUAAGAGGGAAAGUUUAAUCCCCGCUUCAGCCGUGCAUGGAGGAUUUUGAUUAAAGCGACCCCUCUGUCGUGACAUGACACAUGAAUAUGGGCUAAUAUACAGCAUGUCUGCAUUGUUCCUGAUGGAAAAACACGGUCAGAUGGAGCUGAUGGUUUAGAAAAAUGAAUGUUAAUGAGAGAGGACAGAAGUGCUAUUGUUUAAAUGGGGUCUGUAAUGUUUAAUCACUUUAUAUCCACAACAAUAUCCUGUUUUUUUUUCUCAUUUAAUGAAAGCCGGAGACGGACAGAGAGCAUUAUGAUUCAGACAAAUCCAUGACAGAGCUGCUUAGGGUUCAUUUUUUUUAUUGUUAGCCAUGCAUUUGGGGAAAACAGAUUUGCAGAGCGUCCAAAAACCUCAAUAAAACCCGCCCUUUUGCUCAGACUUCAUGAGAUUCAUCCUUUUGUCCCCGAGAGCAGGUUUUUCUAAAAGGUGAAACAGGAAGCUGGAUGGGAUUAUUCCCAUAUUGCUGUCCCCUCUGUGUGUCUUUAAUCCCCUUGUAGAGAAUAUCUCUGCACAAACCCGGGAUAACAGAUUUAUCCUGGAUCAGGUCUGUGUCGUUACAUCGUCUCUGCUCUCAGAGGCCACAGGAGCAAUAAUCCAUCUCUCUGUGUAACUGCUACGCUCAACAAUGCAGCCAGCAGAUGUGUCUGCAAGGCUGCAGGAAAUGAGGACAGGCAUCCUGAUCCAGCAGGUAGUCUUAAUCUGCACACACACACAUACACACACACAUGCAUGCACGUUCAUGCACACAGUCUGUCUCUGCACAAUAAGCACUCAGACACGGACCUGUUGUCUCAGUUGGAAACAGACCUCAGUAUCAGCUCAUGUUUUAAACCUUGUGAACUUGACCAUGGCUUUGUCUCAGUUCCUCAAAUUUGCAGCUUUUGCUUGCAUCCUAACCCAGAGAUGGAUGGAGAGAUGCAAGGAAAUGAAGAGAGGAGACGUGAGACCUUCUUCACUCCCCUUGAGGCGACGUCCUUUUGUUUUCGUCCUUUACUCCCUCCAGCAGUCUCCUCUAUCCUCCAUCUUUGUCACCGUCAAAACAAAGUCUCUUCCGAACGUAUCCUCUCUGACAUAAAAGUCCUGAGGAGGUCUAUUAUCUCCUCUCUCUUUGUUUCCUCCAGAAGCCUCUUGUCUUUCCUUUCUCCUACUCUCUAAAAAAUGAUUCAUGGGUUAGUAAGUACAGCUCAAAAUCUUAUUAAUCUAAUAACUUCUAAAUUAAAUAAAAUAAAACAAUCUUAACUGAAUUAAAGAUGAAUUUUCAACAGAUACUUCUGCCUUAACUUAACAUAGAGGUGUAUGCAAGUAGCACAACUUAAAUUCUGAGUCCGUAUGACUUGCUCGGACAUGUUUAAUGUGAACACAUCAUGCACAUGUUUGUUGGAAGUAUAAGAUUAGAAGACAGACUGAGCAGAAUACAGAGUUGGAGAAACGCGUUUGCAAACUUUAUGGCUUGGUGAGGACAAUUUUAUUUUGUUUUAUUCACAGUAGCUAAUAACUGUAUUAGCAGACAGUACGACAGUCAUAGACUGUAUAAAUAAUGGACGCCAUCUGCCUCCUUGCUGAGUGACGCCACUGCGAGAACAGCGCCCUCUGGUGAAGGGCUGCAGUAUAGGUCAUAAAUCUCGCCUCAUCCAGCAAUCCCUAUGGAGCUGUGGACAAACUUUAGAAAUUAACUACACAGAAUAUAAUCCCCCUUAAUAUGGGGUAAGUUGAAAUAACUUGAAAAUAUCCGUACAAAUGGUAACAUCAGUUUUUUUUUCCUUAGGUCAGCACAUCAUUUUUUUGAGUGUGCUUUUCUUUAAGUUUUAAACGACUGUCACUGCAUUUGAAAAAUGCCUGGAACAGCAUGCAAAGCAUUUAAUAAUCUUAUGGAAAUGCAAAACCAAAAUGAGUCAAUUCAGAGCAUCUGGACCUAAAAUAGCAGCCAAUAGUCCUCCUCUGGUUCCCUCCGUGGUGCAAGGUAAAAUGGAUGUUAAAAUAGGCGUGUGUCUAAGGUGCAAUGGGCUUUCCUACACACAGUCAGUAGGGUUUACACUCUCAAUUUAGGUUAAAUGAGUUCAUGGAAGCUGAAAGGGUUCAUUCAAAAAAUGUUCAAUGUUUGCAGUACAAAUGUAUGAAUACUCAAAACAACUUCGUAAAUACACAAGUUUUUAAUUUCAAGUAACUUCAAGUAACUAGCAACUUGAGUUUUAAUUCAUUGAGUGCAGGAUGCAAACAGAAGCAUCACACCUGCACUAAGAGACUGUGUGUGUGUGUGUGUGUGUGUGUGUGUGUGUGUGUGUGUGUGUGUGUGUGUGUGUGUGUGUGUGUGUGUGUGUGUGUGUGUGCGUGUGUGUGUGCAUGCAUAAUCAUCCAUGCAUGCAGCUCUAAUCCUCCUCCCUGAGUGUUUCAUUCAUUUCAAUGUCAGAAAACAGACCUGCUCCUGGUUCUGUAGUAGAAGUCAGAUCAAUACAGAGUGUGAGGUGUUCAUGCUUCAGCUGACUGCAGACGGGUCAAUACCAAAAACACAUUGAGACGCCUUUUCACCAUUACACUUCAUUAUUAUUCCAUUAGAGGUAGAGGGAAACACUGCUGUCAGGGUGAAGUCAUGCAGCACCUGCAGGUCAGGCCCUGAACUCUCUGUAUGUUGUUUCUUCACCUUUCAGUGUGUUAAUCCUGGAGUUUAAAGAGGUUUCAGAGUGUGGCUCAGAUGAUUAUCUCCUCUCUACUGCGCUGAUUGUAACAUUAGCACCAGCAGGGAAUUAGGGCAGAUUAGAGUCAGCCUGGGGAGUUCAUUCAGCUCCAAAGUCUGUUCUUUAAACAUAAAAAAAAAACAGAGCAGGACCUCAAGAAAAAAAAGGCCACAAGAUGCAUCAAAUUAACUAGGAUGUGAAGCAAGUCUUCGAGCUUUAAUUUAAAACAGAAACUAUCCAUAAUCUCUUUAUUUAUCUCUACAGAUAAACCUGAACUUUCUGACUGGUUCGACAUCAAACCUGUUGUUAUGUGAUUGACCUCAUGAUACGAAAACAGGCAACGGUUCUAACUCCAUAAUAAGAUUGGCUCUCCACACAGGCCUGAGAUCAGCUCAUUAGUUUAUAGCUAUGUAAGUCAAAUGCUGUGUUCCAGUUGUCAUCGGAAGUCGGGAUUUCCCAGCUCCGAGUCGGAAAUUCAUCUGAAACGCCCCCCGAAGUCGGAUUUCCGACUCAGAAAGUCAGACGAUCCUUGACGACAGCAUCAUAUUUCAAGAUGGCAGCGCAGUGCAUCAACAGUAAAGAGUAACAGUAAAAGCUCUCGUAAUGUAUUAUUUAUUAGCACUUCUGUUUUGGUGAAAUUCAUUUUGGUGUUGUACUGCACAACGUCUAACUGAACAUGGUGCUAUGGUGUUUGUAAGAGUAAAAUACUGUGUUAUGCGUUGUUUACAACCGGUAUCGCUAAAAACAACCAACAACUGCUGACAACGGCUAACAACAGCUGACAACUGAAAACAAUGGCUAACAACGGGUAACUAUAGGCGUCCAUCUAAGUUUUCUGACUUGUUAUCUGUAACGCUGUCAACUUGGGUGUAGCGUCAUUCCCAGCCCCGACAUCCGACAUCUGAGGUAACUGAAUUGCAGCAAAAGAAACAUGUUUGCUGAUGAAACUAGUCUGUGAUAUUCAUUCUCAUUGGACCAUGAGCUUAUUUUACAUUUACACAAUAACCUGAACACAGCUACAACACACAGGGUCAGAGAAACGCCCCCAUCAUUAAAACCUAAACACACACACACACACACACACACACACACACACACACACACACACACACACACACACACACACACACACACACACACACACACACACACUCAAAGCAGCAUAAGUAGAGCUUAUCCUUUCUUGGAGUGCUCUGAUCUGAUCUGGCAUUUCUCAUCCCUGUGGGUCAAACACACUCCCUCGUCACUGCAUGUGGUGUGUGUGUAAGGUGUUUGUGUGUGUGUGGUUGUACCAGUGUGAGGCUCUCUGACAGGUGGAGAAGGUGCAGGGGGGGCAGGAGGUCCAGGCCUCCGAUCUGGGUGUGGCUGUGGCAGGUUUCAGUGACCCCACUAGGACUGAACACGAAGCUGGAGAUAGCUUAAGACCACGAUCGCUUCACCGUUUCAGCAUAUCGGCAGGUUAAAGGAAAUGAAAGAGACAAUACAAACAAAGCAUCACCCAAACCUCACAUGAGCGAUGGAGGCGAGUGAAACCAUGAAUAUUAAAAAGUCACAUUCACAUGCAACCAAACUUCAGGGUUGAAAUCCUGACGAGUACUCACUCAGUAAAUCAUAAUAAAGUUGAAAAAAGGUUUAGUUUUAACACCAACAUACAUUUGAUUGUUAAUAUAAGUCAAAGUAUGACAGAAAAUUGUAUUUGAGUCAGCACUUUUAAUUUGAAAAUUUCAUUUUAAUUUGAAAAUAUUUUACAUCUAGUAGUUUUAAGAUAAGAAAACAUUACCCGCCAUGUCAUCAUUUAUGCAAGCUGAACAUUUAAAAGCACAUAACAAACCCUCUGUGGUGCAGAGAGGGGGUCAGAUCAGGUCUGUACGGUCAGUGUGUGUGGUUCACUGGUUUGUAAGUGUGUGUGUGUUUGUGUGUGUGUGUGUCGGGUUCACAGCUCUCACUGAGUGACUUAUGGCUGUAAUUUAUCCCUCAUUACAAACACCAUUACUUUAACUCUAAUUAGACUGUCACUCAGUGGGGAUGAGGGAUGCAGACUGGACCUCUGUUAGGGGUUCAAACACUCAGCUUUAAUGACAAACAUGAUGCUUUUAAAUAAGUGUGAUAAAACAGAGACGCUGUACAGACAUAGGCGUCUUUAAAAUUACAGCACAGUCAACAUCAGGUGGUUCGGUGAGUCAGAUUAAAUACAUUCACAUUUGGAACCCAGAUUUUUUCACAUACAGCGAUGCAGCGGUGGGUUAAUCAUCAUGCCUCGUCCGGUGUGUCAGAUAAUGAAUGACUGCCUCAUUGCGGCCCUGACCCCGAGGUCACGCUUUUAUAGCCGACCACUUCAUCACCAAACAAUCUGCAAGACGACCGCAGACAAAAGACGGGAGCUCACCUGACGACCUGGCCUCCUGAUCCAUGGAGAGAGGUCAGAGAAUAAAACAAACAGGAGGGUAUAACACAGAUAUAGACUCACGUACACACCCUUUAUUAUGUCUGUGUGAAAUGCUUGACCUUUAAAGGUCAAAUAGAGGAACACCUGAGGGUGACUUUAACUAUAAUAAUAACAGGGAUUAUUAGGAUUGGCUCAUUUUAGGGGCAGUUGGGCAGAACAUAAAGAUAUAUCCAGAUGUGACAUUUAAUUUGAUUUAUUUACAAUUUUUAGAGAAAUGAGUAACGGUUUGUCAUUUGUACAAAACACUAAUUUUUUUUUUAGGGUGACCAUAUUCUGAAUCCCCAAAAAGAGGACACUACUGCGUGGGGUGGAGUCACAGGCUUAAUUUUGAGUUUUUUUUUGGGUCAGGGUGAUCCUUUUUAUGCGCUUUUAACUCAGUCAGUCCACGGUACACAUAUUCAAAACUUCCAUACAAACCCUCAGACAUUUGACAGAUUUUAUAAACUCUCCUUUUAUAAACUGGUAACCCAUUUUUUUCUCACAGUUUUUUAAAUUUUGUUGCUGUAGCUGAAAUUCCCCAACAUUACAGUAGGGAUGCCACAAGGAUCUACACUAGGACCCAAACUCUUAUGAAUCCUUCAUGAGAAUCAUCAAAUAUUUUUAUUUUUUUAUUUUUGCAGAUGAUGCUGCUGUGUACUGUUCCUGUUCAGGAGGUGAACAGAGUCGAGUACACUCUCUGAGGAGGUAUACAGUAAAGCAACAUAAACACACUUACCCUAAAUAUUGACAGAUUUUAUAAACUCUCCUUUUAUAAACUGGUAACCCAUUUUUUUCUCACAUUUUUUUAAAUUUUGUUGCUGUAGCUGAAAUUCCCCAACAUUACAGUAGGGAUGCCACAAGGAUCUACACUAGGACCCAAACUCUUAUGAAUCCUUCAUGAGAAUCAUCAAAUAUUGUUUGAAUUUGAAUUCUUUUAUCAUUGACUGAUCAUUUGCAGAUUGUGUUUGUCAAUAAAGUUUGUCCUGUGGAUCUUCAGAGAAAACAGCACUUUAAAGUUUAAUACGCUCAAUUUCAGUCUCUGUGUUUUAAAAAUAUGGUGCAGUAUCAAACAGAGGAGCAAAGCUUUCAAAAAAUAUACAAUGAUAGUUUUUUGUCAUUUGUAUCUCUUUUUCUCCUCUUGAGGGCCAAUGCCAGUAUGAUACAGAUUAUCUGAAACCUGAUUAAUUGAACUGAUUGGUUGACUGAUUAAUUAGUCUGCCUCUGACUUAGAACUUCUCAUGAGGGUUUUGCUCACCCUGUCAGGAUUGUAAUUCGCACAGCAACCCAUUCACUAUAUAUAAUCCUUCAGAUGUAAUACCUACAUAAAUAUCCUUCUGAUGCUCUGGUUGGAUUCUGCAGCAAAGGCAUUAGUAUGUGGAUUAGAAAUACAGACAUAUAUAGUGUCGUAAAUAACUCACAUUAUACCAUGAGGUGAUUUAUAGUUUCUCAAGAGGUCUGGAUGCUUCCUCACUUCCUCUCUCAUCUCUUCGUGUGUCUGUUGUUUUUCAUUCUGCUGUUAGGAAGCUCUGCUAUGUUGGCUUUUAUUAUUGCAGAGUGCGGAGUUAAGGUACGGAUAAUAGCUCAUAGGAGACUCAUUAGUUCCCCCCUCCAACCUCACACGCACACACACUCACACAUACAAACACACACACACACACUCUUGAUGUUCCAUUUGGCUUACCCCUGUCAUUAUCCUGCAGCAGAUGUGACCCCAGCCAUAAAACCUCUGCAUUGUCCUGCAGAGAGGCUAAACUGAGCUAUUAUCCUUUUUUGACAUCACCAUCAAACUUUGUGCAAUUUUUAUUUUAAUCCCAUCUAAAAAACAGGAAGAAAACAAUCUCAUAUGACAGGUAUAUAUGCAAGAAAUGAUCAUUAUUGACGUAAUUAUUUCACAGAGAGUGAAAGCAGUAUACUUAGGAGGAAAUGUAAUGUAAUUUCUAUUUUAUUUCAGCUGACACAAUAAAGCAAAUUUGUUUUGGUCCUUUAUUUGUGAAAAACUACAAAUAUUCUUGAUUGAGAAUAGAGAGGAGGUCAAUUUAAGAUGAGAAGAAUUGGGAGUAAAAUAAUACAUUCAAAAAAAAAUUCUUAAUGGAGAUUAAAAACAGGAGGGUGAGCACAUCAAGUGGAGCAAGUCUAUCAAAAAAAGUUUAUAAAGUGUUAAAAAUUGAGUCUAUUUUUUACAUUUUUAAAUCCCAACAAAAAAAUGAACACAUACUCUAAGUGCCAUUAAAUGUAGUUUCUUUGUUGUCCACUAGAGGUUGUCUUCAAAGGUGAGUCAAUCCCUAUAGACUCUAUUACUGAAACUACAAUCUUCAAACACUGAGUUUUUCUUUGGCUUUUCUUUAACAAUGGUGGUGUAUAACACAAGUCUCUCUAGGUAUGUAGGAUGACUCACUCAUAGACUAUGUAGAAUGGAUUCCGUCUGCCUCCUCGCUGAGUGAAGCCACCGCAAGAACAGCACCUUCUGGUGAUGGGCUGCAGGUCAUAAAUCCCGCCUCCUCCUCAUCCCUAUGGAGCUGUGGACAAACUUUAGAAACUAUUUACACAGAAUAUGAAUUUUUCUCCACCCUGCUUGCGAUGUUGACAUGUGGUUAUUGUAAGACUGGUUUGUGCUCAAGUCAUUACAGCUCACCCGAUGGAUACGCUGUUUAAGCCAAGCGUCAUCACAGCGACUCUCAAUGACUCUCCCGCCAAAUGUGUACAAUGCUACUACGCAAGUUGUGGUUCCAGGAAAUGGAGAAAAUCCUGGGUAUAACAAGAGCAAUUCUGCUUCAAGUUCGUAUAAUGACGGAAGGCGGAGCAUACAGUCUUUGGACUUACUCUUUGGAAGAAUCAAUGACCUGAAUAAGUAAACGCUGAUGAACUGGAUCACAGUGGUCGUCACUCCUUCUAUUCUGGCACCGAGAUGACAUUUUAGGACUCCUGUUUUGCUAUCUACCCCAUGUUAGCAGUUUGUGUUUGCCUCCAGCUUAUUGACAUACUUGUCAUGUUUACACCCUAUUGAAUUUUUCUUUGGGGAUCAAUAAAGUUCUUGCAUUUGUAUUAAAAAAGUUGAUUGCACUUCCACUUAAAUGUCCAACUCUCCAACAGAAAGAAACAGUUUUAGCUUGUUUUACUGUUCAUGACCUUUUUACCAGGCUAAAUUCAUGUAACUCAAUUGUUUUCAUUAGGAUUAAAAUUACAUUAUAGGGUUGGGUUACAUUUGCAUGAGUGUGCUCACAGAUAACUUUUAAGCCAACUGUUUUAACUUAUUUCAUUUUAACUUUUUUUUAAUUUGCAGGUUGUUUUUUUGGAUCAUUUUUGCUGUUAUUGAUUAGACAGCUGAAGGAUGACGAAGCCUGGGUCAGUAGAGGACUAAUCAUCUGCAUAAAGAGCUACUAAGCUAGACCAUGCCCCCCUUUUUUCCAUAUUUAAGUUUUAUGUCAUAGAUGCUUGUUUGCUAUUUAAACCAGCUCUUAACAGGUUCAAGGAUUUUAAACACCAAUCCUGAUGAAAUUCAGCUCUCUGUAUCUCAUUGAUUCUUCCACGUCAAACAGCCCUGCGUGAUACGUGGGCGUGUGUCCACACAGACAGUCCUGUGAGGUCAGGAUCAGCCGUCUGCUGGCAGCUGCUCUCUACAGUCUAAUUCUGUGUGACCGCUAAGCCAAUUACAUGGAUGCAGAGUGUGAUAAACCCAGUUCCACAUGGCACUAGUGACCCACAACUUGUUAACCUGCUGAAGGACCUACUCGUCCCAACACCCAUCAUAGCAGGCCAAUGUUUAUAUAACCAUUCAUUACAGAAGACGUACUGAGAGGGCUCAUCUGAACUUAGUCUAGUUUAAGUUUGCUGAAGUUGAUCAUCCAUAUUCUGCUGGUAAAAGAUUGUUGGUAAUUUUCCGAGGAGUAUAUUUUGACUUGAUGAACUUGCUCAAAGUUCAUAAGGCUUGGAGGAUGUAUAUGUCAAAAAACAUUUAUAUAACUGUGUUAUACAACUUCACAAAAUGCAAAAUCAUUUCACAAAGCCCCCAAAAAUCCUUCACGCAAAACAAAAUCACUUCAUGAUAUAACUAUUUUCAGACAUUGCUUUUUAAAGUGAAAAUAACACUCUGUUUUAUGUGACAUUUUAACAGUUUUUUAAGUUUCAUGAAAUAUUUGUGUGCUUAUUGAAAUGGCUUUUGAGGUAUUUUUGCUUUUUCAUCAAAUGAUUUGAGGUUUCUAACAUUUUGAUGUUUUCUUAAAUACUUUUUUAUUGAUUUAUUUUUGAAUUUCAUAUAAAGUUUUCUGAAGUUUCAUUUUUUUUGUUUUCAAACACAAUUUGAUGGUUUGUUAAAUGUUAUGAAGUGACAGAAUAUUUUUCUGGUAUCUUGUGGAAAUGUUUGAGUCUCUCAGUUUUUUUUCUUUUAUUGAUUAUUUGGACUUUUUAAUAAUCUUGAGCUAUUUUUGCUUUUCAGUAAAAUUAACUUUUAGUUUUAUGACAUUUUUGUUUUUUGUAAAAGCAUUUUUACAUUUUUUAAGUUUUAUGUUUUAGGGAGAUGUUCUGAAAAGUUUCAUUAGGUAUUAUUGCAUUUCAUUACUUUUUCAGGUUUGAGGAAACCUUUAUAUAAAAUGUCUUUUUUUCUUGACAGUGAAUGUUUUGGUGCCCAGUGAACUGUUCUUGAGUGUUGUGUAAUACUAAUGCAGUCGACCCUCAGGGCCUCAGGGUGAAAUAAUCUACAAAAGAAGCUUCUCACUUUAUGAAAUUUGUGGACAUGAUGUUUUAUGGCACAAAGCUGCAGAUGAAUCCAAACCAAGAUGAGUAAUAUUCAUCAUGGAUCAAUCAGUUCGAUGAGAGUGAUAAUAACAGAAGACUCUGAGGGUCACGAUAAAUAAAACAGGAAUUAAACUCGCCUCAGGCCAUGACCCUCAAACCUGAGAAAGACAGAGAGAGAGAGAGAGUGGAAGAGAGAGAUCCCCCCACCCCCUCCCGGGCUGAGCCGUGGUGAGGCGCACAGUAAUCCUCCCGUGGAGUGGAGAGAGAGAGAGAAAGAGAGCUCCCGCUGUAGCGCGUGCUCGGAUAUUAGACCUUUAUUCCCCCCACGGUGCAGGCUCGGCGCGUAAGUGGGCUCACACUCUGGAUGUCACGCGAACACUCUGAUUAUCUCAGUCUGACUGACAGCCGGGGUAUCUGGGGGGGUCUCUGCGCUCUGGAUGCGCACCAUGAGGAGAAGGAGGGCAGCGUUGCGCGCUGAGGAACAGUCCCUGAGAGCUCGAGCUGUGUUGGAGUAUGAAGGAGGGAUGUGAGUGGAACUUGUGGAAGAAUGGCACCUCACCUGACACGGUUCUCUGAGGGAUGGCAGCUCUUCACCAUCAUCAUCACCACCACCACACGAGCGCGGACCUGCGCCGGCUCUUCCACCGGCUCACCAUCGCGUCCUCUCUGAGCGUGCUCUGCUUCUCUCUGGUCUACCUGCUCACCGGCUGCUGCGAGUCCGAGUUCACUGAGAACUCUGACAUCAAACAACCCACGCGCGAGCUCCUCGUGCCGGGUUCGGGAUGGCCAUACGACAGGAACGGAACCAAGGAGGUAACCACAGCUCUCGGAGAGGGCGCGUUCAGCAGUCCUCCCGGGAUGGAAGGGAACAGCUCGGGGAAAGAGUGGACAGCCACGCGGAGGUUACCUCAGGCGCUCAUCAUAGGGGUUAAAAAGGGUGGCACGAGGGCUCUGCUGGAGUUUCUCCGACUUCACCCGGAUAUCAGGGCCCUGGGGUCCGAGCCCCACUUCUUCGACCGGCAUUACGCGCGGGGACUGGAUUGGUACAGGUACGCACACUUUGCGCAGGGAACCAAAAGCAGCAGAGUCAUUGAUUCUAUUGCCAAGUUUCCACUUUGUUGCUUUUUAUUUGAGAUAUAUUGUGUUAAAAACCAUCUUUUGUGCAUUUUAGAAAGACCCUUGAGUUUUUGGGGCAGGGAUUUUGAUUUCUUCACAGAGUUCAGGGGAUAUUUUGACCAUCAUUACAAACAAAAGAAAGGCUUGUCUGAAAUCUCAGCGACUCAUCAUCAGCAUGAGUCCAGUUUGUUUGUGUUUGUUCAGCAGAAAGUUUGUGUAUCAUUUUAAUCUGAGAUGGAAAGACAAAUAUGAAGAAAUGAAUCUCUUUGUGUUGUUUGCAUACCCGAACACAUCCACAGCUAUCCCGCAGAGGUUUAGGUGACAGUCAAAGAGACUUUGCCAUCUGGCUAUGCCAAUCUGUGCACUCUGUGUGUGUGUGUGUGUGUGUGUGUGUGUGUGUGUGUGUGUGUGUGUGUGUGUACAGUAGGAAGGCAGAGAGGCCUUGCAGGAUGAGUUCUCACAGAGCAGCACAGUAAUCAUCUCUGGAGCUGCAGCCAGAUGUUACUGUUGUCAUGUGGCUUUGUUCACAGCCUGUUCCUGAAAACUUGGAAACACUCUGAGCUCAAAAACACACACAAGUGGAGCUGAAGACACUCAAACUGCUGGAGGAUCACUUGGACAAAGAAAAGAAUAGUUUUCAACAGCUUCAGGGUUUCAGAUGUGGGGUUUAGGUUCAGGGUUUUUCGCCGCGGAUAUGACAUGCAGCCACCUAUAGACCCACAAACUGCUCCAAAUAUCCAGAUUAGAGAUGUAUCCAAAUCUGGAGUGUGUGGCGUGCUGUUAGCCAGCUUACAGUUUAUUAGAGGGGCUCAAUAGUGGCAUUGGCUGUGCUCUGGGAGCUCUUUGGCGUGUCACUGACAAUUGAACUCAUGACAGAAAUAAAGAGGGAGGCAGGAUUUUUGUUUCUGUGUCAUCGGUUUGAUCACAAACUCUGAGCUGUGGGAUGUAAACAGAGCCAGAGUGUCAGCCCCUGUGUGCCAGCAUGUGUGUAUGUAUGUGUGCAGUACCAGGUGAUGUGAGUGUGACACCAGAUUGUCACACAACCAACCCCCCCCUCUCCAAGGCCAGAUGGGGCUCGCUGCUUGUCGAGCCACUUGACAUCGCUGUCAGCUCCGUCAGCUGACCUCUGACUCCAGGUCAGUGUAUGCUGCAACUUAAUGAUGUGUUCACACACUUGAUAACAAUCAGCACACACAACACACACACUCUUGCAGAGGAGGUGUGUCUGUGUUUGUAUGCGUAAGCAGAAAAACACAAAAAUAAGAAAAAUAAAAAAAUAAGAAAAAUAAAAAUAAAAACAGACAAAUUCUCAGUUCCUCAGAUAGACAGUAAGACAUUUUUCCUUUUUUUUUUUGCUAGUUUUUGGUCUGUUGUAUUUUCUAUCAAAAGUGUGUAAGACAUAACCUUAAUAAAACUAUGUCAACAAAGUCUGACAGUAUUGAAACUAGGCUGUGAUGCAUAUACGUCUUUUAACUGAAAAUUUUGUUUACCUAUCACACGCUGUUUUAAUCAAUCAAUCUUUAUUUGUAUAACACCAAAUCACCACAAUCCUUAUCUCAGGACGCCUUCCAGAAGAGCAGGUCAGACCUAACUUUACCCUGGAGAGAAAUAAGUCCCAUGUAGAAAUAAAACCCAGUCUUAACCCAUCUGUUGUGCAGUUAAAAGUUUGCCAACCAAAUAUAAUGAAACCGGUCCAAAAGAUCUCAAUGUGCAGUGAACUGAACUAAUGCAAAAACACAGCACACACAGAGCCGAGGUAUUGGGUAUGUUCAUGCAUCACACUUGUCAGCACAUUAAUGAUGUCACAGUUAACCUGAUAUAUUUUGUGUUAAUGGAAUCAUUAGUGUGCAAAUCUGCUGAAUGUAGAUAUUAAACAGCUGGACAGCAGGGUAUGACAAAACAAAUUCUAUACUCUAAAUAUACUGUAGUGCUUUUUUAGUGACUGGUGGUUCACAAACAUUAAAUUUGUGCAGUUGUAAUAGUUCUUGUUGUGGAAAAUCCACAUCUGCUAAGUAAAACAAUGUAAAGGAGACAGGAUGAGAUCUGAAGAGCAGCCUGGGCGUCAUUAUUAUCUAUUGUAGAAUCAGUACAGAUGACAAACAGAGUCUUGACGGAAUCGGAGGAGAGGAGCCCCGAGCUUUCCUCUCACUCACUUUAAUGCUGCUGACAUGUAUUUGAACAAAUACAUGUGUGUUAUGGGUUAUUGACUUUAAAAUAAGAUCAACAAGAUUCUUUAUACUGAAAUGACGUGCUCGUGUCUGGGUUGGAUUUUCAAUUUUAAAAAAAGUGUAGUUGAUAUUGUCCGCCAGCAAAUUUUGGCAGUGAAAGGUAAGCUAGUAAGCAGGGUACUGUUUAAGACAUUGAUAAAAUACAGUUAUCAGUUAAUUUGAGACCUUUAUUUAAGGAAAAUAGCACAGGGACAGUGUAGGACAUGGACAAAAAAACUACAAAAAGUUGUAUCAUGCUAAAAAAAAAAGCACCUUGAGAAACAUCCUCCAACUAAUGAGGCUAAUCUGCAACAGUUUUAUGACAUGAUAUAUUUAAGGGCACUUCAGGGGGGCUGAGUCUCUCAAAAGUAAGAUGGGAAGAGGUUCACCACUCUGUGAGAGACUGCGUAAACUCAUAAUUCAACAAUCUCAUCAACUACAGUGGUUAUAGCACAACAUAAGCAGUAACUUGUACUGGACAGCUGUGAUCUCCAUUUAAAAUAGACAUGAAUCUGUAAUAAAAAUCACUGCAUGGGUUUAAAAUCACAUCUAAAAACCGCUAUCUGUGAACACACUCCAUAACCACAACCACAAAUGGUUCAAACUGCACCGCAGCAAAAGGAAACCAUCUCUUAACAUGAUACAGAAAUGUAGGCAACUUCUGUGGGCCCAAACAACAAUCUGCAUUUAGAACAACAGUAAAGCUCUGUAGUCGAAAGAUACCACUGAAAACACCUCCUGAAAGCAUUUGGUACAUAAUACACAUUUUGUUUCAGCAUUUGAUUUAUUGCCUUUACAUUAUUUUCAAUAAGAUACAGGCUUUAAAGUCCCACUCUGAUUGUUUUUGUUUUUUACUACUUGAAGUGUUCUCAAUGGUCUUUAAGUUGUGAUUAUGACGUUUUUAGCCCAAAUCACGCUACCUGUGUCAUUUUCAAGGGCUUUUCUUCUGCAGAGCUCCAGUAGCUCAUUAGCAACACGCCUCAAAGUCGUGGGCAGAGACAGCACUGCUCUGUACACUUGUCUUCAUGCUAGCUUGCAGCCUAACAUUGCCGGUGUAGUAGAAGUGUCAGGUAACAUAGGAGCUAUUUAGCUCUUGGACACUAAUGUCUUCAGGGACAUGGUGAAAGUUCAUAUCAUAGUUUUCAUAUGAACAUUGCAAUCCACUAACACACACACUUUUUCCGCCAUUGUCCUCUCUACUUCUCGGGGUCUGGCCUGCAGAGUUGGCCUCUAGGGGCGGAGCUUGCAGUUGUGACAUAGGAAAUCUCACUGUGUCUGAGCCUGCUGUUUGGGUUUACCAGAGAUUCACAUCGAUUUGAAUACAGAAAUACUCAGAUACUUAGUUUUCUCAUGAUAUGUCCUGUAGCAUCAGAAAAUGCCAUAUGAACAUGUAGACAACAAGAAAAACAUGAUUUUCAUCAGAGUGGGUCUUUAAUCAAAAUUUCACACAGCAUCUAAACUCUUUUUCCACAAAUAGUAUACCUUUUUAUUUCUUAAUUAUGGAUAACUAUUUAGUCUAAGUCUCCACUUAGUUUCCACUUCUGACAAGGCAAAUAUAGACAACCACAUUUAAGAAAUCCAGGAUGACCAAUCAGAUUUUAGGACUGGCCAUGGGUACGCCUGAUUCCACCAGUGGUGUGUUGUUGACGGUUGUUUUUGGGGUUUAAUAUGGUUAUGAUUCUGAGUCUAAACCAUCUGAAAUUAUCACUAAUAUCUGACACAGCAGGUCCUUCACUUCAGACAGACCCAUCCAACACAGGGACCAGAGGUUCAGCUGGAGUGCUUCAACCACAGAGGAUGAGAUAUUUCCUCCUCUGAAUCACUCCGUCCUCCUCUUCCUCUUCUCUCUCUGAGUAAAAUAACAUUUAGUGAGGUGAUGGAGAUCAGACCCUCACAAAAACCUCUAAUGGUGUUUGGAGAUUGGAUGUGAAGAGCUGCGAUGGGAUGGACUGGAAGUUUCCUCUUCGCUCUGUGUUUGUGUGUGUGAGUGUGUGUGUGUGGGAUCGAUAGCUCUAUCUCCUGGCUCUGACCUUGGGUUGACUCCAGCAUUAGAGCAGUUAGCGCUGGUCAGCUCGGCUUCUAUUACAAUUAGCAGGAAGCUUUAUCCCACGUCUGAAUAAUCCCCCCGCUCGGGCUCACUGGGGUCAGGUUACAUACAGCUCCAUCUCUUCCUCACUCUCCGGUGGAAUCCAUUAAAACUGCCGGGCUGGAAACAUCUCAGAGCGACUGAUGGUUUCCUGCUGAAAGAUGACGUGACGGGCUUGGGUGGACAGGGGAGGAGAGGGGUGACAGAAAUAAGGGGUGAGGAGAUAAGGCUGGAGGUUAAAAGGUGAGUCAGUGUUACGACAACCUCACACAUCUCCGCUGACCUCUGCUUCAACCCCAGGGACUGUCAUCAGAGCUCUCAGUGUGUGUGUGUGUGUGUGUGUGUGUGUGUGUGUGUGUGUGUGUGUGUGUGUGUGUGUGUGUUAGAGGUCCAGUCCUGCAGACACAGAUGCAGGUUUUGUUCUUGGAGUACAGUCAGAUUUAUCGAUAUUUAUUAUUGACUCUGACUUACUGGCACAGCUUAAACCUGAUAGGCUGCAGUGUCACAGACUGCUGCUCAUGUUUGUUUCCAAGAAGUCACAUUUAUAAACAUAUUUCAGUCCACAACACUGAAGUCUUUGCCGUAGUUUUGACUUAGUCAGAUGUCCAGUUACUCUCCAUUUGUAAACUUCAUAUUAGGGACAGUGUAUCGUGAGUGGGUAGUUGUGCAAAUUAGGAUAGUGACAGAGAGCAGGGGGAGGAGCAGGAGGAGGCAGAUGUCUGUGUGUCUGAAAAGCCAAGGCACAGAAUGAGCACAAGAGGAGAGAGGCCGUGGUGAUCACACGGUGCUGAUGGGAGCUUCUGAGCUCAGAUAUAAAACUUUUUGUAGUCAUACUGUUGUAUUCAUUUUAAGAGAGUUAUGCUGGAAUGUUUAUGAUCCAAUUCAAGGCUCUAUUUUAAAGGAGGGGUUUCAUGCUUUUUCACAUUCACAACAGAAAAUCCAAAUUUAAAAAGUUUGUUGUCCAUGUUCGCAAAUUUCUUAAUUUCUUUCUCUUGUUCAAAAUUUUGGAACAAAAGAUGUGACAUUCCUCAAAUCUUGGACAAAUGUGACAUUAUAGAUGGGUUUCUGUGCAAUGUCAUCGCAGAUAUGCACAUGCAGCCUUGGGGCUGAAAGCGGGACAUUUCUUGUUUGUUUACUAGCGGAGUCAACGGAGAAAGAAAAUGACAAGAAGCUGUAGUGCUGUAAACUGCAUGAAUCGGCAAAACAAACAAUCGGCAAAAUUACAACCCUACUCCUGAUAUUAGAAACAUCUAAAACAACGUAACAACCUGGUAAAUUGAGUGAAAUUCAUGGAUAUUUCAGCAAGUGUUAUUCUGAUUUUGAUACAAUGAAAGACAAAGUGAUUUAUCAAUGAAAUGACAUUUUAUUGCAAUUGUGUCAGGGACAACUUGCAAACAAUACGGCAUCGUCAUUGAUAUCAGUUCACUCCGAAGAAGGCUUUUGCCUCAUGGUUGUGCGCGCACCUAGUAUUGUUUGUACACAAGAAACCCGUCGAUAGUUUGUGUGCAAGACUUCUGCUGCUCUCAUGUAUCCUCAGAAGAGAGUGCGCUUAAAGGGUUUGGGGAUAAGGACUAGACUCCAGAGAGGACAGGAUGCUGUCAACUGGCAUCAGUGUCCUGUUGGCUCAAGGGUUACAUGUGAAGAUGAUGGCACUGAGUACCAGCCCACAUACAUCAAUAACUUUCCAAAUACAUUAAUCUAACUCUGAGGUCCUAUAAGUCCUGUUCAGAAGUCCCAAAGUGAUUUUAUUACACAUUAGACAAGUGUCUAAAAAAAUAGAUUAUAGCCUUGGGGUCAAAUUGGUGACAACUAAUAUGAAGACUCCUGUUUGUGAGGCGCAGACAAACAAGCGCCCUUGAAAGUAUCUUAAAAUAAUUUAAACAUCAUAUUCUGCAUAAAUAUCAGCAUCAGCAAGGUCGCAGUAUUUAAUAGCUGAGGUGAGAAAUGGAUCCUGUCUUUGCAGAUGAGUACAGGGUAGCGCGUUUUGAUAGGUAGCAAUUUUUGAUACAACACCCGCCAUUCUUAUUAUGUAAAGCAUUAUUUCACAUGUAGUUGGAUAACAUGGACAUAAAACAAUUGGAAAAAACAACAUUUUCUGUUGACAGAUAACCAAAUAGUCUGUCAUCUGGACAUGUGAGACUGGCAUCUAAAAUACUUGCUAAUCUAUUCUCUGUGCUUGUACUUUUAAAUAUCUUACCUAUCCUUUUCUGUAGUUUUGUGUUUUGCUUCUGCCGUAUAAGUGAUACAAAAGUGUUUGCUAAUAAAAUAAACAUCCAAAGGGUUCAUCAAAUUCUUCUUCUUCUCUGUCUGUGAAUUCUCAGUGAGUGUGAACAAUCUGCAGACAUCAUCUCUCAGGAUUCACAAAGACUCAGAGCGACAGCUGAAGUGACUCCUGUUUUCUGAGUCCUGUCGUCAGCUGCUCCGAUGGCAUCAAUUCAUUUGCAAUUCAAAGUGACCUCGUUAAGGGAGGUUUUUAAAUUCAUACCCAUACAUUGGCGUCUUUGUGCCGCCAUGACACAGCACAUGGUGCUACUUGUGUUUUUGUGUUUGUACAAUGGGACAUAAUUGCCAUGCAAAUCACAGAAGAAUGGCUGCCAAAACAUUAGAUGUUCAGCAGGAUUUAGGGGGCGGGAAUUAACAGCAAACACGAGGAGGCAGAUUUUAAAAUGGAUCAGGUUUGUUAAUCUGCAGGGAAGGAUUUAAAUAUUUUAUUCUAUUUGUUUAUUUAAAAAAAAAUCAUUUUCUGCAUGUUUUGUCACUUUUGCACCACAGAACCUCCUGUUGAAGGACAGAUAUGUGAGUUUGAGUGGGGCAGGGAUUCAGGUGUUUUGUCUUGCUCAAGACCUGCACAGGAAAGAGACAAAAAUGAUAACAGGCAGAAUUACCACGAAAAAAUUCCUCCCAGUGACCAAAUAUGGCACUUUAAGAAACACACACACAAAAAACAGAUUGAGAAAUAUCAAAAUAGCCUGAGGCAUUUCUGUGGAGCCCCUAAACGAACAUGAAGGAAAAAAAUUUAAAAAGUAUUUCUGCAUGCUCUCGAACGAGGGCAUAAUGUGCAUGCAAAGGGACAAGGUGGGCAGGAAAUGAGUUCAAAAUAAUAUUCAAUGAACCUUUCUCAUGGCUACAUAUGUUCAAAUAUUAUUGUUGAAUUUACAUGGACGUAAUACACUGACCAAGAACUCCUGAGACAACAUUGGAGAGAUCUUGCAAUAUUCUUGAGAUCUCGCAAAAAAUCUAGAGAAAAUUAUUUUUAAAUUAUUAUUUUUUCAUUCAUGUCCCUUCAGGGGCUCCAUACAUUUCAGCAAAGAGAAACAAAAGAAUGAUAAAUGAGUACUAAAGAGCACAGGUGUACAGAAAAGGGCAAAAAAUAAGAAGAAGGAUGUAAAGAAGGGGGGAAAAAAUCACAAAUGGAGCAUUAUACAAAUCAGCUGAGGAGAGAAACUUAAUAUUUAUACAGGGAGGUGCAGAAAACCCCCACAAAGAGACAUGAGAGACAAAACUUCAAAUAAGACAAAGAUAGAUGGCAAAGAUACAUUAUGAGACCUUAAAAGGACAAACAUGUGUAACAAACAUGAAAAAACAACAUUUUUUCAGUCUUUAAGGAGACGAGGAGAAGACAGAAACACAUACAACUACAAAGACAAACAAAUGAUGACAAAAGGGAAAAAUAACAACUACUGUAAAAGUCAAUCUCAUCCACAGUGCCAGCUGAAUGUCAUUCAUAUUAUUUGUAACUUUGAAAUUUCACCAGUAAUAUUUAUCGUGUAUGUAAAAUGUGAUCACAGUGGCUGCUCUUAUUUCCCUCUCUGUUGCCAUAGUAACUCUGUGUUUUUGGGUUGGAAAAUGUAAUUCCGUAUCACAUCAUGUAUAAUUUCUACAUGGUGAUACAUUAGAGCCCAAAGGGGGAAAAGUAGUGAGAUUCACUCUGAGAUGUUUUGCAAGUUACUUUACUCACUUUUAAUCUGAAGAAAUCAGAUUAAAAGUGAGAGAAAUGAGGGCAGCCGCUAAACAGAAAAAUAGUUAAACUGGAACCCUGAUUAAAAGACCAGUAAGUGAUGAUGAAGUCCAACAUCACAAAAGAACAUUGUGCACUAAAUGUCUUCUUUCGUAAGUGACAAUCAAAAGGUGUGUUUUAACAGUGAGCAGAGUGGCGAAUCAUGGACUCUUGAUGGCAUUAGAUGGAACUUUUCCUGUGUUUAGGAUUAAUGACACAGAGAGACAAGGUUUCCUGGUUAAUGUAAUCUAAGAGUCAAGAGAAUACAUGAGCUGGUAGCCUUGUCAUUUGUACAAUAAACAAUGGUUGUCUGUGUCAAGUUGAGGUAAUGACAUCAGUGUUUCCUUAAACUUUUGUUUUUGCCGCCCCAGAUAAACAGACGAUUCAGAGUCUAAAGUCUCUACCUAUCUGAGAGCAGUUUUAAAUGUGUGCGUGUGUAUGUGAGUAGCUGGGGUUCAGGUGUGGCGCCCCCCCCUUUCAGUACUGUACUGGAGGUGAUCACCAUAAGGCCCAGACGGGCGGGGCGAUCUGGCCCUCAUUAAGGCCCUCCCCUGGGGCAGGGGGAGCUGGGGCGGGGGGGUUCGGGGCCCCUCUAUGAUGGAUGUCUCCUGGAAGUGGACAGGGCACAGCCACAAUACUCCGACCCCUUAACGUUCCCCCAAUAACACACACAAUAACACACUCAUGCAUGCAUGCAGACACACAAACACAGGCUGAGCUCUGAUUGUGAGUCAGUGAUGAGCGGUCAGGUGUGUUUAAUGAACACAGGAGGCUGAUUGUUUCUCUAAAGUUACACCGAACAUCUCUGAUCCAUCAAAUCCUCCUCCUCUGAAUAUUUCCAUAUGAUGAAUAUGGCAAUUGUUUUACAUUUGUUCACACACACACACACACACACACACACACACACACACACACACACACACACACACACACACACACACACACACACACACACACACACACACACACACACACACACACACACACACACACACACAUCACAUGACACAGCAUGCUGCUGAUGGCUCCAAAGGGUCCUGGCUCCCCCAGUCUCCACCUGCCACUCCUCCUCCUCCCAGCUGAGGCUCAGAGCACACACACACACACACACACACAAACACACACACUCCUGCUUCAUACACACCAUCAUACAUCUCUCAACCUGACACACACCAUUCCCACUGUCCCCCCUCCUCUUCCAUCCUUACCCUGAGCCCCCCCAGGAUCAAUAGCCGGUGGCCUUGGCUGGCCCGCUGUAAUCCACCGGGGAGGACGGCUGAAUUAUCGGGAAAUGGCUGACAAAAGGAGGUUCCUCAAAGCAAACAGAGGCUUAUUAUAAUCUGCAGAUAAUCCCGUGUUGGUCUCUCUGGAUGUUUGAUCUCGCUCUCAGCAGUAAAUGAGCGGUGUAAGGAUGUUGGUAAAACAGGGGUUUAAACUGCCAAUUAAUUGAGCCAUCCUUUAUGUGGAGGGGGUUUCCUCUGAAACACAUGGUGACACCAGCCGGCUCUGUUCGCCCGCCAGAGAUGAGACCCCUCUGCUGAAUGUGUGCCCCCCUGUACAAGCACACAGGCGCAGUAACAAUAUCAAGACAUCCUCAUCACUUCCUCUUCAAAAAAUUCACACAAACCUGACAGAAAGUUAAGAAUUGAUGACAAAGAUAUGAAAACUCAAAGACGACUAUCAAAAAAUGACGAAACUACAUUUAGAGUACUCAAAACAGCCAUGAGGAGACAUAAAAUGACUCGUAAGCUGCACAACUGACAUCAACAACAUGCAGGCUCUCUAUUAAAACAAAAAAAUCUGACUAAUCAGACACAAAAUACCCAAAACAUGACAAUGCAUGGAAGUUAUCCUGCUGCUUUUAAUGCCCAGAAUAACAUACAGGACUGUUUUUUGUGUGUUUGAAAAAGCCGCAGCUUAUUUGUCCAUGAAUCUGUCUGUCUGAGUUUAUAACAGAAGCAUAUUUAUGAUAGAGCUAUUCUUUGAUGGGCUCUCAGGGGCUGCAAUUACCGCUCAGUGACGGUAAAAGGUUCUGUGGAUGAUACCAGACUGAUUGCUAAUGGACCAACAUUUAUAUCCACUCCCAUCAUUUCUGCAUCUGUGACCAUCCUCUUUCAUUUAAAACACUCUUACACACACUCACACCUACACACACUCUUACACACACAUGCACGCACGCACGCACGCACAUCUACAACCCCAGUAGCACAAAGACAAUUCAUUGUCCAUUCUUCUGAUAUCACUCUGUCAAACUUUGAGAGCUAAGGAGAAAUGUUUUUAAAGUUACAAAGUCUGUCCUGACUUAGAGGGAUAUUCUGGCAUAAAGUUAAGUUGUAGUCAAACACACUGUAACCCAGACUUAGACAUCCUCUCGAGAGAUGAAUGUUGCCGACUGCUUGCUUCUCUAGUUAUACCAACUUUAGUAACGACCCCAGGAUAGCAAUACACAGUGGUCUACGUCUAUAGCACCACUCUAUAGCCAUAAUUAAUGCUCAGAACAGCACCUAACUUCAUCAACAGUACAUAUAGGGUCCCAACCACAGUAUUAGCCACCAAACAUCUUUAUAUCUUUGCCUGGUUUCUUUAGCAAAGAGACCAAACACAACUCACCCACUCUCCUCCAGAAGCCGCUUGUUUGUAGGGGAGUCCUGAUGACUCAAUCACCAAGUACAGCGGAGUUUCGCUGCUCAAGGAAGAACAUUUAUGAUCAUAACUUCAUGGAAAUGCAAUCAGAGUUCUAGUGUAUCUUGUAUGUGCACUGCAGACGCAGUAGUUCUUCUGCCUUAGCGUCUCGGUCUGAUUGCAUUUCCAUGACAUAAUAAUCAUAAAUUUUCUGCUGAAAUUUGACCAUAACUUAAAUUCCCUUUAAGAUUUCAGCUGCUUAACAGUUUUAGAUCUCAUAGUCGCAGAUUUUGUUUUAUUUUUUAUUUUAUUUAAUGUCUUUAUUGGGUAACAAGUCGGGGCUGCAGAAAGACCAGUUUCUCAGCAGGACUCUUCUCCUACAGAGCCAUGCUGUUAAAAAACCUGUUGUCAGAAUGUGGUUUGUCAUUGUCUUGCUGAAAUAUGUCUUCCCUGUCUUCCCUGAAAAAGUCAGUGUCUGGAUGACAUCAUGUGUUCCUCCUAAACCUGUUUAUAUUAUUCACAUUAGUGGUGCCUUUACCAACUUUACCAAGAUGUUGGUAUUAAGAACUGUGAUAUCAACUGAGUGAACUGUGGUCCCUCUCCUCUUCAGAGCGGUGCAACAUCCAUGAGUUCCAGAUAGUACGUCUCAGUUUGGUUGGUCAGACUAUGGGACAGUCCACCAUAAAUCUAAACGUGCUGGAGUCUAGAGAAGUCUCUGUGUCUAUGGGCCAUAUUUCUGAAUUCAUUUGUGCAUAGUGCAGUUUGAACCUGCUGUGAAUACAGCUGUGAGUUGUAUUCACUGAUUGUUUUUUGUGGGAGUGAUCUGGAGCCUGUGCAGCGACGGGUCAUGACUGUUUUAUGCUGUUUUUUAAUACAGUGCUGCCUUAUUAGAAAACGGUCUGUUUGUUUGUUAGAAGACUGUUUGUUUGUUUGUUUAUUAGAAAACGGUUUGUUUGUUUGUUUGUUUGUAUAUAAGAAAAUGGUCUGUUUGUUUGUUUAUUAGAAGACUGUUUGUUUGUUUAUUUAUUAGAAAAUUGUUUGUUUGUUUGUUUGUUUGUUUGUGUGACUUUGUGUGUGUGCGUGUUGUAGUGUGAAUGGCUGCUCCAUUUAGAGGUCAGGGGCAUGAUAGAAAUGUUUAGCUAAUGACAAAACUGAGUGUUUUUCUGUGGUGUCUGUGUGUAUACGAGUGUGAGUACAUGUGCGUAUUGUUUAUUGUGUGUGUGUGUGUGUGUAUAUAUAUAUAUAUAUAUAUAUAUAUAUAUAUAGUGUGUGCAUGUGUGUGUCAGACAGUCAGACAUUGCGGCUCCUCUUGCUCUUGGUUUUUUGACUAAAAAGGAAGUCUUCAGGCUGAGUGGUGGUAAACACUGCCUCACACCCAUCAGAUCAAAUGAAUCACUAUCUCUCUCUCUCUGUGUGUGUGUGUGUGUGUGUGUGUGUGUGUGUGUGUGUGUGUGUGUGUAUCUGUGCUUAUAAAGGUGGGGCUGUAUGUGUGUGGUGUGUGUGUGUGUUUAUGGACAGGAGGUUGUGUUGCAGGAGAAUAUGUGAAACUUGAGCUCUCAGCAUCCUGUCCUCUCUCUGCUUCAGCUCAGUUUAUUUAAGUCUCCUUAAGGAUUAAUUUAGCACAUUUUUAUCGACUCUCUUUUUAAAUCGGAUUUAUCAAUAAACACAAAAAAGGAGAAACGUUCAAGCAGCAUCUAAAGGACGUUUUAUUUUUUGUUUAAUAUUUCAGUGAAUUACAUGUCUCUAUGAGUAAGACAUAACAAAAAACAACAAACCUGAAUGUGUGCACAGUAGGUCUUAAAGCUGACACCAAUCUCCUGAUGUGUAUGAGUGUGUCUGUUUGUGUGUGAAUGUGUGACUGAGCUCUGAGGCUGUGUUUGUGAGGUGGUCAGGUGUAUAGCAGGUGUGUUGGCAGAUGUCCCUGAGUCUCAGCAGUCCUGUGGGACUCAUUUAUCUCUAAAUGAGUCCAAUCUGCCGGCCGUCUGUGAGCAGGCAGGUGGAGGUGACAAACACUCUGAGUGUGUGUGUGUGUAUGUGUGUGUUUGUGUAGCUCUGCUGUUACCUGACUGUCUGACAGGAUCACCUGGUCACUCUCUGUUUGUUGAUGUGACGGACAGAGAGAGUGCGUUUAAGUAUGUGUUUCUGCAGAGGCAUCAUCCCUGUUGCACUAACAUGUUUUUUUUUAAUAUUAAUGCAAUAGACUGAAAUUUAAAGAAAUGCACUUGCUAAAUAAGAUAGCAAACAAAACCAUCUGCAACAAGAUUGACCUCUAUUUUAAUGUCUGAAUUCAGUGUGAGAGGGUCGAUGUGCGCCAAACAGGUUUGCAGAAACAGUCCUAUUUUUACAAUUUCUUUCAAAAUAUUCACAAUAAAGGAAAUAUUUGUCUAGCAGGAUGAGACUUUUUGUCUUAAACAUGUAGAGGACAACCUAAGCAGAGGAUGGUUCAUCCACAGGGGGCGCCAAAGUAAAAAUAAACUGAAAGUUCCUCACAGGAGCUUUAAAUGACAUAUUUCUUGUGUUUAUUUCCAGGAGUAUGAUGCCCAAAGCUCUAGACGGUCAGAUCGUGAUGGAGAAGACUCCUCGCUACUUUGUUACUGUGGAAACUCCAGCUCGAGUCCACGCCAUGUCCCAGGAUGUGAAGUUGAUCGUGGUUGUCCGCGAUCCUGUGACCAGAGCGAUAUCUGACUACACCCAGAUCAUCUCCAAGACCCCUGACAUCCCCCCGUUUGAGAUCCUCGCCUUCAAGAACAAAACCACAGGUAAUCCCCCUGAGGUCUUACUUUAGGGGUUUGAGAUGGAUUCUUGGAAUAAAGUGAAAGCUUUGGAAGGUGUUGAAGUAAACAAAGACCUUUACCAAUGGGGACACACGGCUCAAAAGGCCCCAAACACUUACCUAAUCCAGGAGAGUCUGUUACAGCAGAGUCUGUUUGUUAGAAGGUUGAGCCACAAACAGACUUAGCUUGAUUAAAGUCCUGACAUUUAUAAUAAAUAAAUAUAUCUCUGUCCACAUACUGUGAUAUGACUGAAUAAUGUUUGGAUUGAUUAUUUCCGGGUCAUUCAGAGGAGAAACUGUUGUCAUCACAUUUACAAGUGGAGCGUAAACAUCACUGGCAGACAAAGACACUUUCCAUGGUAGUGCAGUUUGUGAGGCAUAGAACCCUUUGUUCUAACUUUGACAAAGUUUUGCAGGUCCCAAUUUUGCUCUAAAAAAAUAACAGUUUGAAUGUUCAAGACAGAGAGAAUUCAAAGUAAAGACCUGCCCCUAAUAAAAGCCUGCUUUAUAUAAAAGCCUGGUAUCUAAAACAGUAAAAACAAUGAGACCUGGCCUAACCUUGAGGAUUUGCGGUAAUCAUGUUUGAAUCUUGUUUAUUCUGUAAAAGUGUAUCAACUUAUUAUACGUGGUGGCCACUAAGUUCUUUUGGCAACAAGCAAAUAGACCAUGGGUCAAGUCCAAACCUGUUUUAAUAAUUCACAUUUUCAUUCCCUCUGAAUCAAAGCUUAUUGUUUUUGUUUCCUUCACCCUUUUGAGUCAAACUUUUAGUUUCUCUUCACCAGACCAACUGCAAAAGACCGGUAACCAUUCAAGUCAGCUCAAGACUUGAACUUAAACAAACUGAAUACUGUGUCCCUUUGCCUUGUCUCCAGGUCAGAUUGACUCUCAGUGGAGCCCGCUGUGGAUCGGCCUGUAUGCCCAGCACCUGGAGCGCUGGCUAGCCUGGUUCCCCAGGACUCAGAUCCACCUUGUCAGCGGGGAACGUCUCAUCACUGACCCGGCCGGGGAGCUUGGCCGAGUCCAGGACUUCUUGGGUUUGCAGAGGAUCGUCACGGACAAACAUUUCUACUUCAACAAGACGAAGGGCUUCCCCUGCCUGAAGAAGCCGGAGGGCAGCAGCAAACCUCACUGCCUGGGCAAAACAAAGGGCCGGACACACGCCUUCAUCGACCCGCAGGUGCUGCAGAGACUGAGGGACUUCUACAAACCUCACAACCAGCGCUUCUACCAGAUGGCGGGGCAAGACUUUGGCUGGCAGUGACAUUUUGUGCAGAAAUGAUUUGGAAUCUGACGGUACACAGACAGCAAGUUACCUGUUUCUGACCAGCAGGGGGCGCCUGAAUGACUUAAGAAUAAAUGCCCGGUGUCAUUUCAUUCACCUGAACCAAUCAGUCACAUUUUGAACUUGUUUUUGAGUGUCAUCAGUGUCAUUUCAUCUCUUAUUAGCAUAGAAGGAUGCAUCGAACACAGAUGUCCUCCUGUAUCCGCCUCCUUUAAGAGGCUGUGUUUUCCCACUUGAAGGGGUCAGAGUAAGCAUUUAUGGUGGUUUCAGUGGGUUAGGAAUGUAAAAAGUCAACUGGUGAAAAACGCAGAGUAGCUUUAGUGUUUCUGCAGUCAAACCCUGAUGCUCUAAAUCUAGUCCAAACCAAAACAGAUGAAUUUCUUUUUCCUGAAUUUUAAUAUUUUCCGUUUCUCCACCUGUUUGUUCUUCAGUCUCUCUGGUUAAGUAUUUAAGGGCAUUCGGUGCAUACGUAUUGAGAAUUGUCUGCCCUGCAUCGCUCCGGAUAAAAGCGAGGAUGAAUGUUUAAUGAGAGGAUCUGUGCAUGAGCUCAGGUCUGACUGAGUGGUUUUGUAUUCCUGAAUAAUGGAUGUGGAGAAAUGGAUGUGAGGAGCAGCUGUGGAUCUCUCACACAUUUAAGUGAGAGCUUCAGGUUAGCAUCUGGCUGCUCUACCUGCAGAGACGUAAACGGACCGCAAACAGGACCGAACAGGAACAGGUGAGAUCCAUGAGAGGUGGUGGACCAAUCAGAGGCUGCUCCUCUGAGUGUUCAGGAUGUCUACAGGGUCGAGUGUUUCAGUUUGCAUGUAUUUGCACUAGUUUGAAAGCAUCAAAAUAAAAACUAUUUUUAAGCAAAGUUCAUGUUUGUGCAGAUUUUUCUCACAUAUUCUAUUUUGUCCCUUAUCGUUUGCAUGGUCUAUGAGUUAAAACUUAUCGAGAUGGCUAGAAGAUUGAAGAGGAGCUGAUUUAACCAAGUGGCCUGAGAAGGAGCCACUUACUGUUUGUCUUAAUAUUUUGAAUUUUAUCUAUAAAAAAGGCUGCAAAGUCAUUGCACGACUUGUUUGACAGCACCUCAUCUGAAAUUACGUAUUACCAGUUUUACGUUUAUGCAUAUUGCAGCAUCUUCUGCACUCCUCACCGCAGCAUGUUAUUUCACUGUAAUAUUCUAGGUUUCAUGUGGCCCUGUAACAUUAAAAAAACAUUUAAUUUUUAAUGUAGGCUCUAUUAUAUUGAUUACUAUUUUUAUUUUAAAGAUUACAAAAAUCAAAGCAAAGUUUGCAGGGGUCAGAUUCCUGAUUCUGUUUCUUGGUUGAAAUUGCGUCACUCAGCUUCGUCAGCUGUCAGAGUUGGAGGACACUGCCAUCGAGUGGACAUGAAAGAAAGUGUCAGAAACAGAAAUAAAAGAAAACUCAGUUGAAAACAAGAAAAUUUCUUUAUUAUUUUGUCUCCUCUUAAAUUUCAAAUAAUGCAUUUUCAUAGAAAUUCAUUUAUAUCAGUAUAGUAGGUUGCAAAUAUUUACACACAUAAUAAAACUUAAAAACACAAAAAAAGGAGUUUGACCCACAAAACCCCA